AUGAGGGCGGAAGCGGAGGCGGCGGAGGUGGCGGCGGCGGAGGCGGAGGCGGAGGCGGCGGCUGUAGAGGCGGCAGUGGCGGCCGUGGCGGCGGCGAAGGCUCCAGAGCCAGCGGAGGCGGACGCACCGCCCGCCGCCGUCCCUCUCGACGAGCUCAUCGCGGCGACCGACGGCUUUGCUGAGGCGCGCAAGGUGGGCGAGGGAGGCUUCGGGCGCGUCUACCACGCCGACGCGUUGCCGUCGCUUCCGCGCGUCGCGAGCGGGUUCGCUGUCAAGACGGCGCUGGUCGGUGUCGGCGCCCAAGGCCUCGCCGAGCUGCAGAGCGAGGUGCGCACGCUCAGCGCGGCGUGCCACCCGUCCCUGCUUCCUCUCCUCGGCGUCUGCUUGGCGCCGGCGAGAGCGUGCCUCGUCUACCCCCUCUGCCGCGGCGGCAGCCUCGAGGACCGCCUCUACCGCUCGCCAGCCGCGCUGCAGCGGCUCCGCAUGCUCGGCUUCGAGACGGCGCCUCCGCCGCUCUCCUCCGCCGCACGGCUCCGCGUGCUGCGCGACGCGGCGAGCGCGCUUCACUAUCUGCACACGCGCUCACCCAUGAUCCUGCACCGCGACGUCUCGGCGGGCAACAUCCUGCUCGACGAGCGCGGCAACGGCUACCUCGCCGACGUGGGCCUCGCGCGAGCGGCAGAGGCGACGGCCGGCGGACAGGUCUCGCACCUGUCGACGCAGCGCAUCUUUGGCAAGCCUGGGUACAUGGACCCGAUCAUCCUCAACGACGGUCAGGCUUCGCAGCUCACCGAUGGUUUUGCGCUCGGCAUCACGCUGCUCGUCGCCCUGACCGGCCGCGGCGCUCUU